UACCGCCGUCGUCGAAGAGGGCGUUCUAUAGUGACCCGGCGACCGUUUGCGGUUUAUGUAUUUGCGGCAGAGAGAGUAGAGAGAGAGCACGAAACAGUCGCCGUCGUUUGAUUGCCGCAUUUGCAAACAAAAUGGAGGGAGAAGAUGGCGAUCUCGUUGCUGCUGCCAUAAUGGCGAUGCAAACAGACGUCGAUCCUGGCGACGAAACCACCAUCCUUCAAGUCGUUACCCAGUCUGAAUGUGCCGGAGACGAACAGGUCGGUAACCAGAUUAUGGUUCAUUCUUCCGACGGAGAGAUAAUUGUCCACGAGCAUUCGGCAGCGCUGCAGCAGCAUUUGCAAGAAGUGCAGCAACUUCAACAUCACCACCACCACCACCACCACCAACAACAACAACCCAAUGACCAACAACAACAUCAGCAUCAAUCCCUCCACCCCAGUGGAACUGUUGCCCUGAAUGAAUCUUCUAUGACAAUAGACACGACAUCUAUGGGUGUUGAUCUUCAGGAAGUCAAUGUGAUUGAGAUGCCACUUGCGCAAAGUUCACAGCAGGUUGAGACUUCAGUGGUGCAUGAUCAACAAGGCUUUACAAAAAGGGUUUUCCCAGUCUCGGUUACUCAAGCGACACCAUUGGAAAUCGCGACGGAAGUCCCAGAGGUUGAUGUUUCAGGCAUCGAUGAGAAUGUGUCAAAACUCUGCCUGCAAUUUCUCAAUGAUGUUGAGGAGGUAGACGGCAACUACUUGAGAGGUUCUCAUGAGGGACCUGGUAUUAGCUUUGAGGAGUUUCUAAGCAAGUACUUCUGCAUCACAGGCACAUCAUUCGUUGCCGUCAGUAAUAGAAGUAGGACCAUGCCGUUAACUGGCCAGCAACGCCAGUCUCGCUACUAUGGAAACUGUGAAGGUCGUAUACGCUGGGAGGCAAAAGGUGGCACACUUCCCAUUGAGUUUUGUGGGUACCCGUUUAAGAUAGAGAGCUCCAUGUACCUACAUUGCUUACAUGGCCCAAAAAGAGAUCUUCGUCCGAAGGAACCCAAACCUCCCAAAGUUAGUCGAAGAGGGCGCCCGAGAAGUGCAUUGAAUAGGAAGUUGGAAUGCCCCGCAGUGAUCCAAGUGAGAGAGAUCAGUGUAUACACAAAUGAAGGCUACUUCGUUGACAAGAAAGAGUUCAAGAACUCGAGCAAGCUUCGCUGGGAGAAGCAGAGAAUCUUGAAGAAGAUCCGAGACGACGAAGGUAACGGUAAGGAAGUAACCACAACAAGGAGGCUGUAUAUUAAGAUGCCAUAUGUGAGAGUUCACUCAUCGCUUCAUCCGGUCGGCGAAAACUCAGCAGCAAACCAGACCAUGGAUCAACGAGUCCUGCAAAAACUGAAGCAGUUGAUCUCCAACAAUGUGACUAACAUCAAUGAGAUCAAGAAAUGCUUGAAGGUGUAUGUUGACGACGUCCUCUUCAAGCACAACCCUAUCGAGAAGAAGCCAAAGCCGUUUAAUCGGAAGUUCUAUCCUUCCCCGUCUGAUGUCCAGCGACAGAUUGCUGCGUCUCUGUCGACUAAGUCAGAGAAUACCGACAUGUUGGCUCAAAACGUGAAGGCUUGGCAAGCAAGAGGGACUGGGAAAUUCUUUUAUCGAUCUCACCAGUCUGGUUCAGAAGAAUCCUUUUUGUUUGUUCAACAGGAGAGGUGGCAGCAGAGGUUGCUGGAAAGGUACGGAAGCGACUUAGUGAUUCUUGAUGCAACCUCAAAGUCAAACACCAUCCUGACCAUGGCGACUCCGUUGUACUGCCUCUGCAUUCAUACCAAUGUCAACUACAUUGUUGUAGCUGUUUUUCUAGUAGAGAAGGAGACAGUGGCCAACAUCAAGGAAGCUUUAGGUGUUAUCCAAAGCUGGAACACCUGGUGGAAUCCAAGCUCUUUCAUGGUGGACAAGUGCAACAUUGAGGUAGCCGCAGUCAAAGAACUAUUCCCAAAUGUGCGCAUCUACAUAAGUGACUACCACAGGAAACAGUCACUGAACAGGUGGGUCAGUCGGAAGGAGUGUGGUCUGGACUCGGACCAGCAGAAGAGAGUUCUGGCCAUGUUUGACAGAAUUGCCUUGGAGCAGAAUAAUACGUUGUACCAGAGCGCCAAGAAGGAAUUCAUGAGUGACGAGACAGUAGCCGAGAACAUCGAGUUUCUUGACUACUUGCAGUCAGAAUGGUUCUCCUGUCCAGAAACUUGGGCUCAUGGAUUCCGUGACUAUGCCAUAGACAACCUCAUCAAUGUAAACAAUGGGGAGCUUGCCAUGGAUCGCUUCUUUCGCUACUCCACGAUACCCAAGAGCAGAGACAAGGGUGUCCUCGGCAUAGUGACACUCAUCGUUGAGUCCUACAUACCGGAUGCCUUUCACAAAUAUCGCAAGAAGAAUGCAGCGUGGAAGUACACGAAAUUCCCAACAGCAGUCCAGAAUGUGCCUGAAUAUUUGCGGGAGCGACCGUCACACUUUGUCCGCGAGUGUUUAAAGAACCAGGAAGACGCUGUCACGUACAACAACGUCGACGUUCAGUUGAUGGACCCCACACAUGGAGUAUUUCACGUCAGGUCCAAGAAAGGUUUCCACAUAACAAGCUUUCUCGGACCGAGCUGCACUUGCAACAUGUGGAAGAAGUUCCGCUUCCCCUGCAAGCAUUUCUUUGCGAUUUUCCUGCAUUUCUACGAAUGGGGUUUCCACCGUCUGCCGGAGCUAUACAUCAACAGUGUUUUCCUGACGCGGGACAUCGGAGUUUUACAAGACCCCAAUGCUGAAGCAGCCAGAGUCUCCCAAGAGUACACACCGCUUGAGAUCCAAGUGAUGAUACCAGGAGGUCCAGAGCCUUGCUCGACGGAGACAGUCGUCAGCACAGCGGAAACCGUUUCAAGCUUCAAUCCAAUCACCUCCAAUCCAGUCAACUUGAUCUCCAUUCCUGAACUUGAAGACCCUUCUGCGAAGAGCGCAGAAACCGUCCCUGCCGAAGUUGAAGUUGAUCCUCUCCUCGAUGGCAAGCAGAGGAAUAUAGUGAACAUUUUUAAGCGAGGUAUGGACUUGAUUAAUGACAUCUCAGACCAGGAGCUCAUAUCGGAGACAGAGCAGGUUCUAACCCUCAUGGUGACGAAGCUACAGCGACGGGUAGUGCACAAUCAUUACAUGCAGAGUGCAUUGCCCUCAAUCAAGAGACUUAAACCCAACCCUCCUCAGGAGCCUCAGCAGCUGCCACAAGUUGACCCUAACCAGCAACAAGAACAAGUAACUAUCGAUUGCGUAACCAGUUCCUACUGGUGAAAAGUGCCCCCAACCACAAGUGGACUCUAACCAGCAACAAGAACAAGUAACCAUCGAUUGCGUAACCAGUUCCUACUGGUGAAAAGUGCCCCCAAUCACAAGUGGACCCUAACCAGCAACAAGAACAAGUAACUAUCGAUUGCGUAACCAGUUCCUACUGGUGAAAAGUGCCCCCAAUCACAAGUGGACCCUAACCAGCAACAAGAACAAGUAACUAUCGAUUGCGUAACCAGUUCCUACUGGUGAAAAGUGCCCCUAACCACAAGUGGACCCUAACCAGCAACAAGAACAAGUAACUAUCGAUUGAGUAACCAGUUCCUACUGGUGAAAAGUGCCCCCAAUCACAAGUGGACCCUAACCAGCAACAAGAACAAGUAACUAUCGAUUGCGUAACCAGUUCCUACUGGUGAAAAGUGCCCCUAACCAGAAACUUACUAGGACAAGUAUGCCUGGAGAAAAAAAAGGUUUUGCCGUAAUGAUAAGUACAGGGUUAAUCACAAAAACUUGUUCUUCAUUUAUUGAUAAACCGCAUGUUUUUAUACAAAAAAAGAUAGUUGUACUGUUUGGCAACCCCAACAAUUGUUUUCUGGAUGAAAUGAUUACUGAAUGGUUUUCAGAAAUGAGUGAAGUUCAUACAAAUUUAAACCAAAUCAAACUUACAUUUUGGUGAUGAUACAUGUAAAUAUUGGUUAAUCACAAUUUCCUCGGUAAAAUAAUGUUUUAUUUUUAAGUUAUUAAUUUUUUUUUAAGUUAUUUUUUUUUAGUCAGUUGAUUUUUAAAGGGAAUGCCCCAAUUUGUUGACAUUUUGUGGACCAGUUGAUAUUCAUUGAAACAUUUCACGUCUAAUUUUCUCAAGGUACUCAACCCGUGUUGUCUUUCCUUUGACAAGUCCGGGUUGCAUUGUGGCAAUAUUUUCAAAAGAAAAUAAUCACUCUUGAAGCUUCAAAAAUUCCUUCCUCCAAUUAUUCAAUGAAUUCCCUAUCAUAGUGCAUAAGUUUCAUAUACAAAACAUUUGAAUCCAAGAAACGAUUCAUACAUGAAUCAGUUUCUCGGAUUUCUAAGGGUUGGUGACAAUUUGCGAUUGCUGCGGCCAGAUGCAGUUGGCACCUUUCGUCAACACUAAAAAUGGUAGUCUUUGUUCUUGUGACCCGGAUAGUUUUUGGCUGUUUCUCAAUCAGUAGACACUAGAGGGUGUGUUGAGCUGAAACUUUCACAGGUGACUUUUAUUGUAUCUUUCUUUUAGUGCAUCUUAAUCAACACUACGAUGACACAAACCAAAUCAAUACCCUCCCUAAAAUAUGUGGAUUUUGAAGCACAAGACUAAACAUUUUGCAGCGUAAACUAUCGGGUUGCUGAUUUUUUUUUAUUACAAACAAAAAACUACAAAGAACAAGAAUUACAAUGAUUCUUUGUGUAAACAAUCAAUAUAAAUCUGCAACAAAGGAUUUAAACCACAGCUAAAUAUAAAAUUAAAAACAUCAAAGUCACUAAAACUAAAGGACAAAUAAUGAAAAUUACAAAAAGGCAAAGCUAUGUCUCCUUAAUGUUUCAUAUCAGAUAGAAAUAAAUAAGUAUUUAGUCAAGUUUUGCACACAAGUUGAAGAUUUGCACAGAAGACUGCUCUAUAAAUUCUAACACCCCCAUGUUCUGACAACCCUAUGUACCGACAACCUAUGUUCCUAAAAACUCUUGAUGAUUUACAUGUUAGGGUUAGGUUUCAUCGGGGUCUAACCAUUUCCACAAUUACAUGGUAUAAAGAUGGACAUGGUAAACUUCCCCUGAUAUCUUUUUGCCUGAAAUACUAUAGUUUUUGUAGAGAAAGCAAGAUGCUUAGUUUUGGUUUGGGAAAACAGUUAAAACAUACAUGGGGAUUCCAACUGUUUUCUUCAUACUCCGAUGAUCGAUUGAGUUUUUAAUUUUAACAGGCUUGUCAUUUCAUGUACUUGUUGGGUCAUAAAGUGUAGAUCCUGGUAUUUUACAGUUUAAUUACAUGCUGCAGAAAAUAUUUGUGGGUACAACCAUGUGUAUAAACUUCUUUUGGAGGAGUGGGGUCUCAGCGUUUCAGUAUACUCUGCUCUCUUUCCCUUUAACUCAAUGAAGCGUAAAGGCAGUACAAAGUCUAUUCCCAUUUGAUUUCUGCGAUGUUUCUAUUUUUUAACAGGAAAGUUGUGAUGUUCCAUGGCAUAUUGUUUGUUAUAGGACAGUAGUUCAUUGUUAUCUCCAAUUCUCCUAUCAAUAUGACGAAACCGAGGCUGAGAACACAUUGUCUGGUCCCAUCUUUCAGAAAUGGCAUUAUGAACUUUGUCUUUUAUGAAUGUUGGUGGUCAUUACUCCCAAGAUGUUACCAGUUUUAACCCCUUAAAUUAGUCUGUAAAAUAUCAAGUGUUUUUUUAUUUGUUGUUUGUUUGUUAUUGUGUACCUGUAUUUGAAUAAAAAUACAAAUUAAUGAGAAAAAUUAUAUACAUGACCAUCAUAUUGUAGCAUUUGUCCUUUCCCGUCCAAUUGUGUGAAGGACCCAAUAUCAUGGCUCUGCUUGCUGUAAAGGAAAUAAUUCCAUGCUUGUGCACACUCACUCCAGCGCCCAAAUUCAUAUAGCUGCUUCAGCAGAAAACACUGCUUUAAAAAAAAUCUAUGCUUAGCAAUAAUGAGUAGGAUACCAGUGACGAGUUGUACAUAAUAUGACUUAGUAAUUUGGCUGGUAGCCUUGUUCUGGUGAGCAUAAUCUUGUUUUGCUUAGGUUAUUUCUUGAAAUAAGCAGCUCUAUCAAAUUGGGCGCAUGUAAUAAGCAUCCUUCACUUAUACACGUAGUGUAGACAUUCAGCCUCUGUCUUGUAAGCGAAGAAUGGUGUUGGUUAGCACAUAAUUAAGCAGUUGGCAGAGCCAGGAGUUUAAAGCAAAGUUUCUCUACAAACUUUAGUAUCAGAAACAUCAACACUUAUCAUUGGUCAGAUUGGUAUACAUGUAACAUCACUAUGUUCCGACACUCCAAUGUUCCUUAUGUGUUUUCCCAACUCUAACCAAAGCAUAUAACGUAAAUGAUCAGGGGUUUUACUUUUGGAACAUAGUGUUUUCGAAAUAAUUAGAGCAACACAAGAUCCUAUCAAAACAAAAUUGCAAAAAAAACUAAGAAUUAAAAAGAAAUCAGAAUAAUCGUCAAACUAAUAUUUAUAAUACAUGUACAUAGAUACUGUCAUUAUGAAAAUCUUUUCAUAUGUUGUUGGUUUUUAUUGCAUUUUUUGUAUAAAAGAUGAGCAAAGUUUGUUCUUACAAAAGGAUUUUUCUUAAUCUUUUGAAAAAGAAAUCUGCAUUUUAAAUUUGUUUUGUACAAUUAUGGUGUUGCCAUUAUUGUCACACUAGCUUGGAACAAAAAUUCAGCUCAUUAUCUCACAAUCCAAUACACAAAAAAAAUAAAUUAAAACCACUUUGAUUUCAUCUUCAACUGCUUAUGAAAAAAAAAACAAUUAUAACAAUGAAUUAAAAGAAAAUGUUUAUGGGCGAAAUUAUUUGCUACAAAUUACUCUAACUUAAGCAAGGAGUUUGACACUGUAUCUGACCAUGAUCUGACAACCACUUUUCAAAUGACCAUUAACUUAAUCUAAUAAUUGGGUAAACAAUAUGCUUUUUUUUUGGGGGGGGGGG